AGCAUCAUGUCUACGUGUCGAUUAAACACAUUUAUCCACACGUUCUUCUCCAACCUCGUUCGAAAGAAGGAGGGGAUCACAAAGUGUCCAUUCGUUAUCAUAAAAAGUUGGUGGAUAUCAGCUCUAAGAGGAGACGAGCAUGUGAGGCCAUCGACGGGCGGCGAAGGGGGUUGGAUCCGAUGAGUUCUAAUCUCGACGUUAAUCCUGUACAUUGAUGAUGAGAAUAGCUCUUUCGGCGGGAAACGACAAGCCGACAAAAGAUUCGAAAGAUAAGUUUUGAUGAUUUCCACUCCGUAAUUCUCGACCAGGCUGAAAUUGCACACGCGAUAGACGCCAAAGCCGCGUAGUCCGUGCUCUGCCUUCUCCAAAGAGCGAACGAAGCUCUGCCAUCAUCAGCCAACAUCAAGUACUGCCCAAGCUAGCUUUCUAGCCCCCGUCACACACAGAUUGGAUCCUUUCGCUACUUUAUAAUAACGUGUGCAUACCGCCAGCUCUAUAUCGCACGCCUCCUCUCAUCUCUCCUCACCGUCCUUACUCCUUCAUUACUAGCUCGCAUCUCAAGAUGCCUGCUACCACCGCAGAGACUUUGUCGCUCGUGCAACGGACGGUCUCGGUUGCCCCCCUAGUCCUCCUGUCAGUAGCAGAUCAUUAUGGCCGAUCAGCGAAAGGGACACGGAAACGUGUGGUGGGCGUGCUGCUAGGGCAGAACGAUGGGAAGAAUGUGCGCGUGUCCAACAGUUUUGCUGUACCUUUCGAGGAAGAUGAGAAGGACCCCUCGGUAUGGUUCCUAGAUCACAACUACGUCGAGUCGAUGAACGACAUGUUCAAGAAGGUCAACGCACGCGAGAAGCUGAUAGGAUGGUAUCAUUCUGGACCCAAGCUACGAGCAUCCGAUUUGGAGAUCAACGAGUUAUUUAAGCGCUAUACGCCUAAUCCGUUGUUGGUUAUCAUUGACGUGCAGCCGAAGGAAGUCGGCGUGCCAACAGAUGCUUAUUUUGCCGUCGAGGAGAUCAAAGACGACGGCACCACAACGAGCAAGACUUUUGUGCACACGCCUUCAAUAAUAGAAGCAGAAGAAGCAGAAGAAAUCGGCGUCGAACAUCUCCUCCGCGACAUCCGCGACGUAGCCGCCGGUACACUCUCCACUCGCAUAACUUCCCAGCUCCAGUCGUUGCAAGGCCUGCACCUGCGCUUGCGCGACAUUGGCCAGUAUUUGCAGAAAGUGAUCGACGGCGAUCUUCCUGUCAACCACGCCAUCCUCGGCAACCUGCAAGAUGUCUUUAACCUGCUCCCCAAUCUCUCGACGCCCAAGCCCGUGGCGAUGAGCGGUGCACAGACAAACGGCGUGGCAGACCACGGGAGUCUGGCGGGCGACAACUCAGAGCUCGCACGCGCAAUGAGUGUGAAGACGAACGAUCAGCUGAUGGCGAUUUACCUGAGCUCCCUUAUCAGGGCCAUUACGGCCUUCCAUGACUUGAUCGAGAACAAAAUACAGAAUCGGCAGGCGCAGGAGGAGAAGGAUGGGAAGACGGAAAGCAACGGGGAAAAGAAGGAGGAGGAGAAGGCGGCUGGCGACGGAACGAAGUCACCGAGCGCUUCUAACGGAGAGGCCAAAGAGAGCAAAGGCGGCAAAGAAGGUGAGAAGAAGGAGGGCAAGAAAAAGUCGUAGUGGAGAGGAAAAGAAAUGAAUAUGUGACGGGACUGGGAGGUAAUGAUCUUGAGGAACCGACAAGAGUAUGUUUUCUGGCGGGUAGACGCAUAUGCAUUGCAUUUCAAAGGAGCUUAUGGGCUGCAAGGCGCCAAUUCAUGUAGGAUGUCUCUAGUGGGGCUAGCUAGAUAGGACAAGGACAAAGCAAAUGCAGAGAGCAUCGCCACCACCAACGCGAGCAUGUCCCGACUGGCUGCUUUGAUCAGCUGGCUCAUCCGCUUCCCCACCCGGCACACCAGCCGGCGAACUCGUCUCUGUCCAUCAGCCUGUCUUCCACGCCGCCGCCAAACAAUUGGGGACACCGAUCAGCCAGGAC